AACGAUCAAACAACGAGACUGUCCUUGGAGAUCGUCACUUAUUUUUGUAAUAAUAAAUAGAGGUAGAUAGUUAGAAUAGUUAGUUUUUCCAAGCAUUGCUCCAUAAUUAUUAUUUUAUGGCUUGUAAUAGACGGUUCUAGAGUUCCGCCGAACUGUCAGUCACAUUCUUUAUGCCGGUUUUUGAAUAUCGAUAGAAGGCGGAAUUUGCUCUCUAUACCCUUGUGAAAUUAUCUGCAUAUAUUCUCGCGCCCUACUCAAUAGAGGGGUUCGAAUGCGCUAAGUUGUACUCAAUGAUUAUGUUCGAGACUAAAUAUGCCUUAAUGCGGGAUGUUUUGAAGCUAAAAUAAAUGCUUCCUUAACUCCGUGUAAGUUUGCGACAGUUACCACAUUUUCGAAGUAACCAAUUUUAAUCAAAUCAAACUGUAGACAAAUGAAAUUUACCAGGCCAUAGUUUCAGGCAAAGUGGAAAUGAUCUAAGAAAAUAGAAGUUCCUAAUGGUCUACACGUAAUCGCGCGUGUCCUGAUUUUUCGUUCCGCUAGAAUCUGAGUAUCAGCUCGACAUAGAUUAGACUAACUUAACUUGUAAACUGACUCAGACAGUCGUGUUCUGUUUCAAUGUGUUUUUCGAUCCUGUACUAUGCAGUGUAUGCAUGUGGUGCAGGCUUUGCGGUUUUCGAGAAGUCAUCUAAUUUUCUGUAUUUCUGAAAUUUGCGACGAGUGUAACAGAGCGAUCACAUGCGCAUAUAAUGGAGACCGAACCGCGCUGUGAAGUGGCCUUGGCCGCCAUCCAAACUCUGAAUGAGGCAAAAGACACAUAUCAGCAAGAACAGGCAGCAAAAUGGCUAGAGCAGUUGCAAAAUUCCGUUUACGCUUGGAAGAUUUCAGAUGAAUUGCUUCAUCGGAAUGCCAAUAUAGUGAGUUGCCACUGUGCUGCCCAAAUGAUGAGAAAUAAGAUCCAGUACAAUUUUGACGAGUUGCCCGUAACCUCUUAUGAAUCUCUGAAAGAUUCCCUAUUAAAUCAUUUAUCUAAGAAGUGGCCUCUUAUCGUGGUGACUCAGUUAGCUCUUGCGAUUUCCGAUUUGGCUCUUGUUAUGUCACAAUGGAGAAAUCCUAUCGCCGAUAUCUUCGACAGAUUAGCGCCAUCGAAUCCGACAGACACAGCAACUCAAAUUAUUCUAUUUGAGAUUCUUACUGUUUUUCCUGAAGAAGUAGUGAAAAACACAAGGCUUAAGCUAGGUCAGAAUCGGCGCGAAGAGGUAAAGCAAAGCCUACGGGCUUCAGCAAGUCGGGUAAUUGAGACGAUGACUUCUGUCCUUCAAGGGGUCAAUGAUGACCGCACUCACUGUCAGGUGUUCCGUGCAUUAGAAUCGUGGCUGGCUGCGGACGCUUUGCCGCCUAAUGAUCGGAUCUUAUUGACCAUCAUGCUUCCUAUGGGUUUUGAUCUAUUGGCAAAUACUCAAACAAGUGAAGCGCUCCACUCAACAGUGUCUCAAGCACUUAGCAAGGCCAUUUUUCUAGCAGAGGAAUCUAGGAAGCAUCCUGACCUUGCUUGGCUAUGCGCCAAUAGAGUCUUCCAACUACACGAUACGUAUUUGCGUUUAGUCAGCGAAGAGGAUCCAGCUAGAACAACAAAUAUCGUUCACCUUUUUACUGACUUAGCGGAAUCAUUAACGGAGGACUUUAUCACUACACCUGGGCAAGGAUUGGGGGACUUUCGAACUAUAGAAUUAAUCCUCCUUUGUAUGCAACAUUACGAUUAUGAGAUAGCCGAGCUGACCUUCGACUUCUGGUACAAGUUUUCGGCAGCACUGUACAAACUGGACAAUAGCGAUAUGCAAGAGGUGUACAAGCCAUAUGUGAUGAGAUUAAUUGCGGCACUCUGCCAUCACUGCCAACUAGAAGCUGACCGAGAGGGACUACCAGACAAAGAUGAUGAAUUUACCGCGUUUAGAGAAAGGUGUAACGACAUGGUCGAUGAAGUCGCUUUCAUUGUCGGGAGCAGAGAUGCAUUUCGGAUGCUUACAGAACGCCUUUCGCAGAUGAGCGCACAGGGACCUCCAUGGAACGUGACGGAAGCAACGUUGUUUACAAUGACAGCGCUCGGACCGAAACUCGUUCCAGAAGAGAGUGAACUCAUCCCUCCGGUUCUUGAUGCCGUCUUGGCGUUGCCAGACAAGUGCCACGUUGCUGUUAGAUACACUGGAAUACGACUCUUAGGAAAGUUAGCCGAAUGGUUGUCACAUCAUCCACAAUAUCUAUGGACUGACAACCACAGCGUGUUGAGUCUUGUCGUAAAUUCGCUGAAUACGCCAGUCGUAGCGGCGGGGGCAUACACUCUACAACAGGUAUGCACAUUUUGUCGAGAGCACCUUCGACCACAUGCGUCUAAUCUCGGCGACUUGGUCAUAUCAGUGCAGCAGCAGCUGGGCCCAUCCGGGGUUCUGUCAACUGAGGCGAUUUCAGGCCUCUUGCAAGGUGCCACCCAUGUCCUAGCCGAAGCUGGAGAUUCAACGAGACUUCUUGCACUGCUUGAGGUUCAGUUGAGGCCUAUUGAUGAUAUGCUCCUUAACCCAAAUCACCAGAUUUUACACAGGAAUCACAUUUCUGAUCCUGUUUUGUGGGCGGACCGGGUAGCCGUUCUGUUCAGGGAACUCUCGGAACUUCGUCCGCAUAAAUCGUCGACCGGUGGCUCUUUGAGCUCAAACCAGGCGCAACCGAUAACAUCAAAGUCACAAGACAACCCAAGCGAAGUGUCUGCUGCGAGCGACAAGGGUGGAAAUCCUGAGUAUUUGCUAUUGAGCUUAGACGAUUCGUUAGCCCUGGCUCAGAGGGCAUGGCAUUCACUGGACGGCACUCUACAGCGGUGGACAGCAGAUACGCGUAUCGUCGAGCGCGUGAGCCGAACUAUAAAGUACAUGGUUCGCUUCCUUUCAACGGCCGCAUCGCCCCUGGUUGACCCACUAGUUAAUCGACUUGUCUCUACAUAUAAAAUUCACCCGCAUUCAUGUUUCCUCUAUUUAGCCAGUAUUCUCGUGGACGAAUUCGGACGAAUGCCAAGUUGUGUCCCUGGCUUGAUUUCGUUAGUAAACACACUUGCGGAGACCACAUUCCAGACGCUCAACUCAGCCGAAGCCCUCGAGCAAAAUCCCGAUACUAUAGAAGACUUUUUUCGGUUGUGCACACGUUGUGUUCAGCGUGCGCCUCUUGCUCUCAUGUCCUCCAGUUGUUUCCGUGGAAUCCUUGAAUACAGUCUGGCUUGCCUAUCAUAUGAACGUCGCGACGCCCAUGCGGCCGUUUUAAGAUUUCUAGGAGAGCUUCUGUCUUGUACGAGAGACAACGAUAAAACGGUUGAUUCAGCUCUUCGAACAAAUACUGUUAAUAUUUUUAAUGAGAUGGGCGCGCGAUUUGUGUACGGCCUGGUCGAAGCUGCGAUAUUAAAACUUCCUCUGUAUCUUAGUCAUGACUUUGCGGAAAUACUCUACGACAUCAGCAGAUUAGUAGACAGGCCAAAAUAUUUAGAGUGGCUUGAGGCGGCUGCCCGCUCGCUACCAGUGGUCGGAGUGGGUGGCACUGUCACCGUAACACCUGCACAAUUGGACACCUUUCUACACUCGGCAAGAGCUGCCAACACCAUCAGAGAACUUGCUAAUGCACUUAAAGUUCUCGGCAGACUUUAUGUUUAAACCAGCCAACAGGGCAAAUUGGAUUCAGCAGAAAAAGCUAACUUAAAUUCGGCUCCUCAGCUUAAAAAUAUAUAUGCAAGAGCUAAAGGUUAAUAAUGGCUCCACUGAUAAACCCCAGAACCUAAAUCGCCUCGACACGUAUCAUGUCGUACAGCGGAGACCUGGAGAACAGAAAACAGAGUCAACGUUAACACCGAAAGGUUUACUUUGACUAUGAGAGUUUCUGUGAAUUUUACAAAACAAUGUCUAUAGGGUUGCAUAUCUAGGAGAAAAAUACGUUAAACGUUGUUACUUAUAUUGACUCAGUCUUACCUACGGGGUACCCCCCGUACAUUACAAGUACCCACCCGCCUAAUACUGGGAGCUUCUGCCGCAGCCUAUAUCACAUUGAGGAAAAUUGUAUGAUGUAAAAUGAAACGCAAGACAAAAACGAGGCAAGACAAAAAAUUCACACCGUGUGCUAAACAUCACUUUAUAUAUAUAUAUAUAAGGAAAAAGAUCGAAUGAACUCGGUGCGAUUAGUUUAGAGAUAAAGAAAUAUGUGAUGUAUUACAACCGACCUGAAUAAAAAGGACCUUUAGUGGGGUGAAAUUGUCAUGUCAGACAUAAAGGGGUGCCCUGGAAACUUUGUUGUCCGGAUAAUGUGAUGCAAAAACCGAAAUGCAAAGUGCACUUUUCUCUAAAGGAAAUAUUAAUAGAGAAAUAUAAAUUAAGCGUACUACGAGAAAUAUUAGGUAGCAUUAUUCAGGCUUACAUUGGAAUAGAACAACUAGAAUACCACUAAUUCUUUAGAGUAGAGCACCAUCUUUCAGUACAUACAGAUGAUGGCACACUAUUAUUUAUAAGAAAAAAAAAAGAACACAAAUCAUUGCGUAUCCGUUUGUCCGGGAUAUUGGCCUAAGGGUAGUUCUUAAGCAAAAGGAGACUAAAUCCCAGCAGAGCAUUGCUCAAAUUGCGACGUAAUAAGCGGUAAAACGUUUUUCAAGAUUUUAUUUAAAGGUCAAUCGUGUGGUUACGUUAAGAUGUACGUUAACUGAUCACUAAUCAUUUACUAUAGAAAAGUUGAUGUAAAAAUAGGUGGUGGUAAUAGAGUGAGAGUCAUUUGAAGGUCACUUGGUUGAAGAGGCAACUAAGGUUUUUUGAAUGAUCGGUUAUUAUUGUGGGGGUCUAAAGUUAUAGGUCAAGGAUCGUAAGUCAUGUGAAUAAAUAGUGAGUCAAAAUGAUGGGGCCUACUUUUCAUGAGAAGUCUAAGAAAAACGACACUGAAGAUCGGAAUAGCGAUAAUCAAAUACCAUAAACCUUUGAUAAAAGCAGCGGUUUAUAAAGCAGCAGUUUAUGUAUAAUAGUAAAUAAUCAUGAAUGUAAUUUGUUUAUCUACGGAGUGUCUGCCUGACCGGUCUGUUUGUCAUGGGAUGUAGUAUAUCAUUCAACACACGACACAGUCACCGCGAAAGCAUUCAUAACAACUCUGGCCUAUUUGUCGAAAAAGGACGAAAAGCAGGCUAAUGCAAUGCAAGGAGAUUUAUUAGUUUGUCCGUUGAAACCGUAGUCAGACGGUAGUUAAAUAAUAACAGAAUGUGCCACAAUAUGGUAGACAAAUCGUUAUGCUGGGGGCGCGAAGUAAGCGUAUUGGGUACAAGAAUUACUGGAAUAUAAAUUGGUCAGGUUAUCGUGCACAUGCAUAAUAAGUUGCGAGGUAACUCGACUCUAUCGAAAUGACUUUUUUCCUCUAUUAUUUGUUUGUAAUCCGCCAAGCAUUUAUCUUUGGCACUUAACAUAGACUGUCUGCAGGAGUUUGACCCAAAAUCGCGCUACGUAUCUGCUCCAAAUGUAUGAUAUUACGUAUACACUUACAUUAUUAAAGGAAAUGCUGAAAAUAAUUAGCUAAUAAAUUAGACAUAUUUAUAUUAUACAUAGUGUCUUAAUAUCUAUUGACUACGUACGAUGUGGAAAAAUCAUUUCAACAGGGUAUCGUCACAGCUAUUAUUGUUGUCCAGUUACUUUGCGGUCCUCGCCUUACUCUAUAAUUAUUGACUGGGUCCAGAUAUUCUAGUUAUUUAAUUAUACUUCUCUAAAUUCAUCAUUCUGUUAAUUUUUAGCGUAAACUAAAGGAAGCUCGCGGCUUUGCACUUACGAUCCUUUAAUGAUGUAUGUGACCCGGUACUGAAAGGCUCUGUUACCUGGCUAUGACUGUCUUUUUCAAUUACUGUAACUCAGUUUGAAAGCUUUCGGCACAGCUCAUAUGGCGAGGUAGACAAUAUAGGGGUAACAAACUACAGUAUUUAGGUUAAGCGUUAUUAUUCUAUCAUAUGCUGUUUUCAUCAUAAUACUUUUUCGUCGAAAUCUUAUAUGCAAAAAUCACAGAAAUUACUUGAUUAAUUUUUCUUGAGAUGGUUAGCAUACACUUGUACGGAACUGGUGAGUACUAUUCUAAAGACGAUCAAUCAUUCCGCGGUUAAGGUAGGCUCGACAGCUCGAUCUGGUAUCAAUCUUUGACCAAUAGUUUAGUUUAUCACAUCAUAUACGAACUCCUACUCACUUUAGAUAAGAGGAUAAUAUUAUAAUGCGCGUACCAUAAAUAGUUAUAUAUUUAAACUAUAAAUAAAACGAAGAACACUAUUUUUUUCA